CCAUUAUUCAAGAGACUAAUGUUAACGUUUUUAUUCAUUAUUGGUUGUCCGUGUGUCGUGUGUAAUGGUCGAUGUUCAACUUCAGUGGCGACGUCAAACGGCUGAAGAGCGAGAAGCUGAGCGUCAGGCAGCAAAUCGUUUAAUGUUAUCAUUGCAAGCGGAGGCAUUGAGCAAAGGAUUUGGACCACCUCCAACAACACAGUCGGCACAAACAUCAACACCUCUUGCACCGCCGUUGGCCGGACUACAGUCGCUACAGCCAUGGGCCGAAGCACAUCCAGCUGGCUGUUGAAGCAAUGCUCACAUCAACUUAGUGAUGACAACAACACGAAUCGCAAAUUGUGAACGAGUAUUAAGUAAAAUAUAAAAAAACAAUGGUAUAAUAUUUCUCUAGUUGUCUGCGGCAAAGUCGAUGCUUGAUAUUUAAACAAAAAUACACAUAACGUUUUUCCACCGGGAAAACUGCGAAAAGUGAAGGGUGUGAUAAUAAUCAAACUAAUAUGCACAAAUUUAUCGCUAAAGAAAAAAUCCUCAACAAUACCAAUUAAGUAGACAGCAUGAGUGCGAAUUCAAUGAAUUUCAUUUUAUUUUUCACCACAUUUGAUGACCCAGUAUUUUAUGUGUUUCAAUCCGUUGACUGAAUGGACAUUUAAUUUGUGAACAAUUUUUUCGAUUCCGAACACCUUAGAACAUUGUUGCUAUUUGAUGCAAAGCGACGGCAGUUUCAAUCACAUUAUUUAUCAAUAUUUUCUCUUUGAAAAGAUUUUUACAAUUCAAUGGUUUUUUUUUUGUUUUUCGUUCAUUGAUAAUUAUUGUGAGAAUGUGACAUUAAGCAAAAAAAAUAUUUAGCGAUACAUAGCGCUUUUAAAUCUAUGUUUUUUUUUCCUUUUCUUUUGGUGGUAAUCGUUUGAAUAAAGCGAAUUUUGUACAUAUGAUCACUGACAAUGGUGAAUUUUUUCACGGCAUCAAAUCACGGAAAAUUCUUAAACUUUUAGAUACAAGCUCAAAUGCAUUUAGAUCAAUCCAAUUAAACGUAAUGGUAUCGUAGUGUGAAAAGCUUUUGAAUCUGCAAUUUGCAACUAAUUUUAAAAACAUUUUCACGGUCUCGAGAAAAGAGAUGAAGAAUGAUCGAAUGAAAGAGAAACAAAAUCUAUUUAUAAAAUGUAAGUUAAUGAAAGUGUUUGGCCCAGUGGUAGAGUGCUGAAAUAAAUCAAGCUUAAUUUAAAAAGGAUUUACACGAAAAUUUAUAAAAUAAAUAUAUUUUCAUGUUGAACGUCCUUUUUCGUUUCUGUUUUCAUAAAUAGAGCAAUUGUUUUGAGCUUUAUUUCUAUUUGACUGGACUGACUCAUUUCGGAUUUCAAGUGAAAUGAAAACAAAAAUCAGCAACAUUUUGUA